AUUCUUCGGCGUCGUUGACCUCAUCUGUGGGUCAAACCAAACGCAAAGAGAUCUACAAAUAUGAGGCCCAAUGGACUGUCUAUUCAAUGAAUUGGUCCGUCAGACCCGACAAACGCUUCCGAUUAGCGCUCGGAUCCUUCAUCGAGGAGUACAAUAAUAAAGUGCAGAUCGUGGCUCUGGAUGAAGAGUCUUCAGAGUUCGUGGCGAAGUCCACCUUUGAUCACCCGUACCCGACAACUAAGAUCAUGUGGAUUCCCGACGCCAAAGGACUCUUUCCCGACCUAUUGGCCACUUCUGGCGACUAUCUGAGGGUCUGGAGGGCCGGCGAAAACGACACUCGACUCG